AUGUCCGCCGCCCAAGUCAAGGUCGACAAAACGAAGAAGCGCAAGCGCUCGUCGAAGGGAGCCGCCGACGAGCAGCCCGCAGCCGAUGUCGAGGUCGACGCCCAGGCUCCCGAGCAGGACACCGACGAGUCUCCUGAGCCCUCUUCGUCGAAGGUCAAGCUCGACGACGCCCCCAACGGCGCGUCCAAUGAGUACGAGCGUGUCCCCUUCUCGUCGCUCCAGCUCUCAAGACCGACGAUCGACUCCAUUGCUCGUAUGGGUUUCGAGACCAUGACCGAGGUUCAGGCGCGCACCAUCCCCCCUCUCCUUGCCGGCAAGGAUGUCCUCGGCGCCGCGCGUACCGGUUCCGGUAAGACGAUGGCCUUCCUUGUCCCUGCUGUCGAGAUGCUCCACCAGCUCCGCUUCAAGCCUGCGAACGGAACCGGUGUUAUCAUCAUUUCGCCCACGCGUGAGCUCGCGCUCCAGAUUCUCGGUGUCGUCAAGGACCUCAUGCAGGGCCACAGCCAGACGUUCGGUAUCGUCAUGGGUGGUGCCAACCGCAAGGCUGAGGCCGACAAGCUGGUCAAGGGUGUCAACCUUCUCGUUGCUACCCCCGGUCGUCUUCUUGACCACCUGCAGAACACCAAGGGCUUCAUCUUCAAGAACCUGAAGGCUCUCGUUAUUGACGAGGCGGACCGUAUCCUCGAGGUCGGUUUCGAGGAUGAGAUGCGCCAGAUCAUCAAGAUCCUGCCCGAUGACAACCGUCAGUCGAUGCUCUUUUCCGCCACCCAGACGACCAAGGUCACGGACCUUGCCCGUAUCUCGCUCCGACCGGGCCCUCUCUACAUCAACGUUGACGAGAAGAAGGACACCUCCACCGCCCAGUUCCUCGAGCAGGGAUAUGUCGUGUGCGACAGCGACCGACGAUUCCUCCUCCUCUUCACCUUCCUGAAGCGCAACCUGAAGAAGAAGGUCAUCGUCUUCUUCUCGUCUUGUAACUCGGUCAAGUACCACGCCGAGCUGCUCAACUACAUCGACGUUCCGGUGCUCGACCUUCACGGCAAGCAGAAGCAGCAGAAGCGCACGAACACGUUCUUCGAGUUCUGCAACGCCCCCAACGGUAUCCUUCUCUGCACGGACGUCGCUGCUCGUGGUCUCGACAUCCCGAAGGUCGACUGGAUCAUCCAGUUCGACCCUCCUGAUGACCCGCGAGACUACAUUCACCGUGUCGGCCGAACGGCGCGUGCUGGCAAGUCUGGCAAGUCCCUCCUCUUCCUCCUUCCCUCUGAGCUUGGCUUCCUCCGUUUCCUCAAAGUCGCCAAGGUGCCUCUGAACGAGUACCAGUUCCCGCAGAAGAAGAUUGCGGACGUGCAGAAGCAGCUCGAGAGCCUGAUCUCGAAGAACCACUACCUGAACACCUCGGCGCGCGACGGCUUCAGGAGUUACCUGCAGGCGUACGCUUCAUACUCGCUCAAGAAGAUCUUUGACGUCAACAAGCUCGACCUCGCCAAGGUGGCCAAGGCGUUCGGAUUCUCCGUUCCGCCAAAGGUCAACAUCAGCGUGGGAUCGGUCAAGGCGAAGAAGUCGGCGGACGACAGCGAUGACGACGAGCCUCCCUCCAAGGCUCACAAGGGAGACGGGGAGAUCAAGAAGGCGUACUACCGCAACCGCGGCCACAAGAAGGGCGGCCGCUCAUAG